UUUGCUCUGUCCAUUUUCAUGUUCAGUUUGGAGUUGUCCUUCCACAGAAGUUAACUGUUGGGACUGAAGAGACAAAAUGUCUUCUGACUUGGAAAAGGCUAUGGAGAGUCUGAUUGCAGUGUUCCACUCUUACUCCUCAAAAGAAGGUGACAAGUAUAAGCUGAGUAAAUCUGAGCUGAAGAAUCUGCUACAAGGCGAGCUCCACGAGUUCAUGGGCGCCUGCAAGGACCCGAGGGUUGUCGAGAAGAUCAUGUCGGAUCUGGAUGAAAACAGGGAUGGAGAAGUGGACUUCCAAGAGUUUGUUGUUCUAGUUGCAGCUCUGACAGUUGCCUGCAAUGAGUUCUUUGAACAGUAUUGCAGGAGAAGUGAGCGAGGAGCUGGCUGCUCUGAGGGAAAGUGAACAUGGUGUCUCUCUUUACUGUAAUUCUCAUUCUUGUUCAGAAAUGGUUGACAAAAGAACCUUGUAAUGUUCAAACAUCUCAUUAAAUGUCAUCCUGCUUUCAAA